AUGGUCAGAGCAGAGAGUGACGUCCACAUGGUCAGAGCAGAGAGUGACGUCCACAUGGUCAGAGCAGAGAGUGACGUCCACAUGGUCAGAGCAGAGAGUGACGUCCACAUGGUCAGAGCAGAGAGUGACGUCCACAUGGUCAGAGCAGAGAGUGACGUCCACAUGGUCAGAGCAGAGAGUGACGUCCACAUGGUCAGAGCAGAGAGUGACGUCCACAUGGUCAGAGCAGAGAGUGACGUCCACAUGGUCAGAGCAGAGAGUGACGUCCACAUGGUCAGAGCAGAGAGUGACGUCCACAUGGUCAGUCCACAGCAGAGAGUGACGUCCACAUGGUCAGAGCAGAGAGUGACGUCCACAUGGUCAGAGCAGAGAGUGAGUCCACAUGGUCAGAGCAGAGAGUGA